CAAGCACAAGCUGCAACUUUUAUUUUGAAGGUGCGCUGUAUUUCCGGUUUUACGGAAGUACACUCGUCAGGUGAUCCCGGAAUCAACACUAACUGUUUCUACGUUGGAGCGGCGUAUCAACUGUGAUUAAAUGGCCUCAGCUCUGGCUAACAGAGCAGUAGGAGCCAUUGUUGGAUCAGCUGUUGCAGAUGCAGCAGCGCAGCCCCUUCACUGGGUAUAUGACCUCCAGAAGCUGCAGGGGAUUCUGGCUCAGGAUCCAAACCCUGAAUUCCACGCAGAGUCUGCCAACCCAUUCUACAGGAGGCAGACAGGCCAGCAGAGUUGCUAUGGAGACCAGGCAUAUGUUUUGCUGGAGUCCCUGUCUGAAUGUGGAGGUCUAAAUGUGGAAGAUCUGACACAACGCACACUGAAGUUCUUUGGGCCUGGAUCUGAGUAUGACACGCCCAUCAACGAUCCCUACAGAGAGAGAGGAGGGCCAAGACCACAGCUGCCCAUCGAGGGACCAUGGAGACAUGCGAGUUUGAAAGGCUUCCUGAAGAAUGUGGAUGCGGGCAAAGAGGAGACGGGAUGUGAGAACGACUGUCAGAUUGAUGGAAUCACCAAACUGGCUCCUAUUGUGGCUUUUUACGCAGGAAAGCCCAACAUGCUGGAAAAGGUUGAGCAGGCCACUCGUGUCACCCAGAACGAUGAUGCGUGUGUGGCCGAGACUCUGGCAGCAGCAAGGAUCCUGGAGCAUUUUAUUCUUCACGGUCCUGAUACAAAAGCUGUGGACUCAGUACUCGAUCAGCUCAGUGACAAGAACAGAAAGCAGCCACAGGACCUGGACAAAGCAGUCAUUGGGCACAUUCACCAAGUGAAGGAGAAUUUAUCCAAGACCCCUCAGGAGAUAAUCCCUGCUGUGUUUCCUAACACCUGAGGUUUGCCAGGUGCCUUCCAGGCAGCGCUGCAUGGAGUCCUGACAGCCAAACAGUAUGAGCAGGCUAUCAGAGAUACCAUGAGCUGUGGAGGAUGCACCUGUAGUCGAGGAUCAUUUAUUGGGGCAUGUCUUGGGGCUCAGUUUGGACUUGAGGGAAUUCCAUCUUCCUGGAUGUCCAGAACCCUGCGAUGUGACUCAGUUCUGGCACAUGCCAAAAAGAUAACUAAACACCUCUAAUAGUUUGCUGGAAAGUGACUAUGUUCUACUAUGUGAGGUUUGCCAAGGAGGACAUCAUGAGAAACUGUUGAGCUUUCACAGUGCAAUGAAUGAAGGUUCUUGUCUAAACUGUCAGACGGCAGGAGCUGGAUGUUUUUGUCUCUGUUUAAGGCAAACAUGUUUGUGCAGAUGUAACUCUUAAAAAAAUAAAGUGAUUCUAACACGA